GUGCAGUUUUCUUCUCCGUUCUGGCAGCAGUCUCGUACGUCCAAAUGUACUUUGAGAAAGAGAUUUGUUAUCUAUGUGUCGUCAUGAACACCCAAAUGCGGUCGCUGAUGACGUCUUGUGCAUCCUUGACACAUUGCUUGCCUGCCUCAAUGCGACUGACGAGCUCGCGGUGAAUGCUAAUCGCGACAUCAAUGCAAGCGGGCAUCAGUGCCCUGUCAAAGAGCAUUGCCCAGAGACCAGUCCGGCACCGCACCAGCCAACAAAUAUGUAUGGCUUGGUAGUCGGAGGUAGUGGUGGUUGGAGUUCCGUUAAACAGAGUGUUGUCGUUGUGGUCAUCGAUGAUUCACGAGUUCGGGGGAUGCAUGACGUAACAUGGGGUCUAGGCUGUGUAGCUGUUGACGGCUCCGCAGAUGGUGAUUGUGAAUGGAGUAUGGAGGGAGGUUACAGGGCAACGAGGAAGCAGGACGAUGCAGUCCAGGAGAAAAUGUGGAAAAUGGAUGGCGAAAACGAUGGAAUGGCGGUCCCCACGACGGAGUUUUGGAGAUGAACAGACGAUAACAAACCAGCGUGAAAAGU